CCAAGACUUAAAACAGACUGUCCCAGUGUUGGUACAGAAGACAAGAGAAACGGAGAUGAUUAAAGAAGAUUGUACAAAACCAGAAAUUUUAGCAGACAACAAAUCAGCUGACUUUAAGGACACUGAGGAUUUAUAUGAAGAUAUGACUGGAUACCGUAAGAGAACUUCAACUCCAGUGCUGUGGGUCAAAUACAACAAAGAGAUAGACCAGUUAGAGAAGGAGAGAUCUGCACUGCAUAAAGUACUGUUAAAUCUUGGAUGGAGAGUUUUCAGACAGAAUAUUUAUUACAUUUCUACUGUAAAGAAGAACUGGAAUGAGAGCAGACAGGACUGUAUAAAGAGAGGAGCAGAUCUGGUGAUUAUAAACAGUACAGAGGAACAGGAGUUCAUCAGUAAAUAUUCCAACGGUACUGAAGCUUGGAUUGGUCUGAAUGACACAGACACAGAGGGGACAUUUAAAUGGGUGGACGGUUCACCACUGACCACUAAGUUCUGGUGGAACGGAGAACCAAACGAUUAUGGAAAUGAGGACUGUGUUAUAACAGGCUUUAGAAAGGCUGAGUUUAACAUCUCGACCUGGGCUGAUUAUCCCUGUGACCACCUUUUAGCUGGGAUUUGUGAGAUGAAAAUAUUUAACUGA